UGGCGCUGAUGCUGAUUCUCACGGUGACUCUGACUUCAGCCAAGACAACCGCGCGGCCCAAAUUCUCGUACACGAAGAAGCCAUUGCGGGAGCUGCCCCAGAUGCCCCAGAUGCCCCAGACCACCAUGGGCUGGCACAGCAGCCCUGCCAAAGUGGCCCACCCUACGCAGCACCCUUUGGGGCAGCAGCCCACGACCGAAACCACCACCGUGCCCAGUGAAGUGGCCUCGGACUAUGCCAUGGGGGGAACACCCGUCACUGGUGGCGGGCCGGAGAACUACACCCUGGAUUAUAACGAGUGCUACUUCAAUUUCUGUGAAUGCUGCCCCCCAGAGAAAGGGCCCAAAGGACUAAAGGGUGAAAGGGGAUUUCCAGGUCCCCCGGGUGAAAAGGGCGAACAAGGCCUCAGAGGAUUGGCUGGCCUCUCAGGUGUACCUGGACCACCGGGGUUCAAGGGGGAGCGAGGGGAGAAGGGUGACCCAGGAAGCAGUGGAACAACAGGAUCUCCUGGAAUACCUGGGAAAACUGGAGAAAGAGGUGAGGUCGGCUCUAAAGGUGACCGCGGGGGACUUGGCUCUCCGGGGCUCAAGGGCGACAAAGGGCAGAGAGGGUAUCCAGCUGAGAAUGGCACCAAGGGGGAGACUGGUGACCCUGGCAAGGCUGGCCCACCCGGACCAGUUGGCAUCCCCGGAGGGAAAGGCGACAAGGGUGACAAGGGAGAGUGUGGGGGUUUUGGAGAAAGGCCUCCAAAAGGCGACAAAGGUGACCCAGGUCCCCCGGGUUUUAGGGGUGAGCCUGGCAUCCCUGGCCUGAACGGUAUGCACGGCACUCCGGGUCUAACAGGCGAACGAGGGGAGACCGGCAAGCCCGGUCCGUCAGGAGGCGUUGGGCUACAGGGGUCCCCCGGAGCCAUGGGCCCCCGUGGCAUGAGGGGCAUGAAGGGAGACCGUGGCCCCCCGGGCAAGCGAGGCGACCGUGGCAAUCGCGGAAUGAAGGGCGCCAACGGCAAGAGCAUGGAGCAACCGCGCUCGGGCUUCAGCGUGGGGCUCUUCCCCAGCAAGUCCUUCCCCCCCUCGGGCUUCCCCAUCCGCUUCGACAAGGUCUUCUACAACGGAGAGAACCACUACGACCUGGCCACCAGCAAGUUCAACUGCACCCACCCGGGCGUCUACGUGUUCGCCUACCACCUCACGGUGCGCAACCGGCCCCUGCGGGCGGCACUGGUGGUGAAUGGUGCGCGGCGCCUGCGGUCCAGGGACACGCUCUACGGCCAGGACAUUGACCAGGCGUCCAACAUGGUUCUGCUGCGGCUGGCUCAGGGCGACCAGGUGUGGGUGGAGACCCUCAGGGACUGGAACGGGGCCUACUCCAGCAGCGAGGACGACAGCACCUUCACCGGGUUCCUGCUCUUCCCUGACGCGGCCUGAGGCUGAGAUCCCGAGGCCAGACUCUUUAGGGAAUUGAACUGAUGAAUCCCCAAUCCUUCCCAUCCCCAUCCCUCCGGCUUUUUCCAAAUAAUUCCACUGAAUACGAGACAACACAUUUCAGAAUACAUUUUCUUAAGAAAAAAAACAAACAAACAAAAAACCACACAAGUGUCACCUACAUUUAUCACGUGGCCGGAUGUUCCCUAUCAAACCUGACUGAGUUUACGAAAAAAAAUUGUAUAGUUGGCUGGAGACCUUCUUCACCAGCCCUUAUUCCUCAAUAGUAUGGAUUUGUGUGUGUAUAGCCAUGCAUUGUGUCUCCUGACUGUGAUGUUAUAGCAAAGCGAUGCACUCAUUAAGUUAAAGAAGAAAGUGAUGUGUGAUAGACUAGACCAGUGAAGUGGUAGUAUCCCUCUUUAAAC